GCGCUCUACGACUUUGACAACUACAAAGUGUCCAUCUGCGCGCCCGAGCACGGCGAGCUUGGAGAUCUCGUUCUUGGUACUACCGCCAGCUUGGUGUGCAUAGCUGCCCCCUUUUUGCCCAGCUGCGGAGGUGCGAGCGUGCAAGAGCCGCUGCGGCUGACGAUUCCGAUCGAGAUGCACAACAGUGCUGGCUUCAAUUUGACUUUAGACAUCAACGGCUCGGCCACUGUCGUCUACGACGACGAGGGCGAGUACAUCUCGUCUGGAUACCUGCAUGAGACGACUACAAUCCCGCCCCGCUCGUCAAAGAUCGUCCACUAUUAUUCUGACAUCAACGAGUUCCUCACUCGCUAUUCGCGCGAGAGCGGCCUGCUCUCGCUCACGUCUCACGCCAUCGACAAGGUGUUGAGAUCCGCAGUAAUUCUGGAUAUUGUCUCGAGUGCAACGAUCCUCGGGUCGACCUAUGAGCAGAGCUUUACGCUCACACACACCUCGCUCAUCGAGCUCAUCUCGCUCAGCGGCUGCCGCUGCUUGAUCGGGCCCGACUCGGGCGAGUGCCACGCGAACGCUUCUCAAUAUGCGAAGGACUGGUUGCCCUUCUAACUCACGAGUCUACUCUGUCGAUGUGUGCGCGUGUGAAGUUCGUUGUGUGUAUGUAAAUGGGGUAUAUGUCUCUAUG